UUGAAGUUUGCCUCAAAGCAGAUUCAGAAGCCUCUUUUAGCGACGUCCGUGCAUCAAUCUACAGGUUGCUCGCAAAUAGGCAUCAAGUCUUUGCUAAUGGACCUCUUGUUCUCAAUUCGGGCGAAGAGCCAUUCAUUGAUGACAACGUAGCUUCAAUUCACUUUGUCGACAUCG